AUGAAACCUAAUCACCCCUCAACCUCUUGUAACCGUCACCAAGAAGAGCAGUUCACCGGUUUCUGCCCAGCAUGUCUCCAUGAACGCCUAACCAUACUUGGCUACAACUCCUUUUCCUCUUUCCAGCCAUUACCAUCGUUACCACCACCAUUGUUGCAACUGCAACAACCUAUGCAAAUGCAACCCCAUUAUCCCUCCACCUCUUGUGCCCGCCACCCAGAGGAUCAAUUCAUCGGCUUUUGCUCAUCAUGUCUUUGUGAACGACUAGCCGUUUUAGGGCACAACUCUUCAUCCUCCAUCCACAAGGGCCCCACUUUCUCCACUACCACCAUUGCACCCAAUGCUAUUUUUCAGCCCUCUUCUUCCACCUUCAACCCUAACCUUCGUCGUGCCAAAUCCUACCCUCCUUCAAGAAAUGAAGAACCCUCUUGCGCCUUAGAGUCGCAGUGGAAAUCAUGUGAUACCAUAGACCCUAGCACCCUUUUCAACCAAGAUGAGAAACACAAAAUUCCCAUGAAGGAACCCAAUGUUGAAACGUGCAACCUCGCCUCCUCGUCUAUUAUUCAGGAAGAUGAAGAAGAUAACAUUGUCAAUGUCGUUAAUGUUAACGAAUUACCAAAAGCACAAAUAACCAAAAUUGAAACUGAUGUGGAUGCAGAAGAGAUACUAGAAGCGAUGAAGGAUCAAAUGGAUGUAGAUUCUCAAGCGAAGGAAGGUUCUAACCGUAAUUUGAAGGGAUGCUUCUGCUUUUCAACGUCAAUUUUCAAGAAGAAGCUUCAAAAGUAG